UAUGAGGAAGCCAGCACUAAGUCAAGUUUUUGUAUAGCCAGUGCCCUUUUUCCUUGUUGUCUUUCAAAAUACUUCUUUUUCCUCUGCCCUUCAGGAGAUUAUAAAAUUCUGAAGUUCAGUCUCUGAGAGCUUUACUGAUUUAUCAUCCUACUUAAGCAAAAUAAGCAGUGAUUCUUGCAUAUCUGAAGAAAACCUCAAUAUCUAGACUACUGUGGAGGACAUUUUCACUGAGGCACAUCCCUAACUUGAGAGAUGGGGAGUGAAUUCAAAAGAAUUGUUCUGCUGAAAGGAUUUCAGCACAUCAAUGAUUAUCAGUUUAGCAUAAUUAAGAGUUUACUGGCCAAGGAUUUAAGACUGACUAGUAAAAUGCAAGAUGACUAUGACAGAAUUAAGAUUGCUGACUUGAUGGAAGUAAAGUACCCUGGGGCUGCCUGUGUUGAAAAAUUAAUAGACUUGAUCAAAGAUAUAGAAGAAAUUAAAGACCUUGCUAAAACUCUUCGAAAGGAGAGGUUAAAAGUUAUUAGGAGAAGCAGAGCAAAAGAAGCAACUCCAGUGAAAAAAAGCAAGCUGAAUAAACCCAGUCCUGACCAAUCUACAUCCACCACUGAUAAAGCUUUGGGACCUGAAUCAAUCAAGGAUACACCUGUGAAGGGAAAGAAAACCACAAAAACUAAUGAAUCUAAGAGGAUGAAUCUAAAGAAGGAUCAGAGUCAGCUUCCAGGAUUGUUAGUAACCAGUACAGAGUCAACUGAGAGCCUUCCCCAGACUCCUCAAAUGCUUCCACCAAACCCAUCCAGCAGCUCUUCAACCAAGAAAAAAAAUGACAUAGCCACCAAAAUUAACGACUUAAAAAGGAAGACCGUAUCUCAGAAACAGAGUCAACUUCCAGGAACUUCAGCAACCAGCAAAUGCCCAACUGGGAGCAGUUGUCCAGUGAAAUCUAUACCUCCACCAACACCAUCCAGCAGUUUCUCAGUCAAGGAAGAAGAAAAUACAUAUUUUUGGAUUCAAAGAAUAGAAGACACAACCAAUAAAACGCUUGACUCCAAGAAAAAGAAACUAUGCCCGGAGCAGAGUCAGCUUCCACAAUGUGCAAACUUCAGCAUAAUCCCAAAUGAGGGCUGCCUUCAGACUCCUCAGAUGCUGCCACCAACCUCAUCCAGCAGUUCCUCAACCAAGAAACCAAGAUUGAAGGCUGUACCUAAAGAAGCUUCCAGAGAGGAGGGCUUCCAGAGGGGGCCCAAAGAAGUGAUGGUGCUGAAAGCAACGGAACCAUUUACAUAUGAUGUCAGAGAAGGCGAGAGGAAGAUGUUUCAUGCCACAGUGGCUACUGAGAGCCAGUUCUUCCAAGUGAAGGUUUAUCAUGUUGACCUGAAGGAGAAGUUCAUCCCAAAGAAAAUCAUUGCCAUAUCAGAUUAUUUUGGCCGCAGUGGGUUCCUGGAGGUGUUCAAUGCCUCAUCUGUGUCUGAUGUUAACCCUGACCGAAAGAUGGAGAUCUCUAAAAGCCUGAUUCAAAAGGCAAAUGCAACUCCUAAAAUCAGUCAUCUUUACUCGCAAGCUCUAGGAACAUUUGUGAAUGGGGUGUUUCUGGUGCAUGAGAAAUUGGUACGUAAUGAAUGCAUAUAUUAUGAAAUACAAGAUAAUACAGGAGUGAUGGAAGUCCUGGUUUAUGGAGAACGACUGACCAGAAUCAGCUGUGAGAAAGGCGAUAGACUUACACUCAUCUGCUUUGAAUUGGCAGUAAGUGGGGAUAAGAGGCAGCUGAGAUCCAUAAUUCACAGUUUCAUCAAGAAAUUGCCACCACCACCCCAACCUUCAGCAACCAUCACCUUCAUCAGUCGGCAGCCAUCCACAUCCAGGCAAGAUCCUCCUCCAUAAAAAAAAGAGUAUGACUCACUGAAGAUUCAGAUGAUGGUUAAUGUCUUUUUAGCAAUAAAGUAUUUUUGAUUCAGGUAUGUACAUUAAUACAUUGAUUAAUACAUUAAUUAAUGCUACUGCAUUAAUAGACUACAGUAUGGUGUAAACAUAAGUUUUCUAUGCGCUGAGAAAGCAAAUAAAUUGUGUGUCAUUUUAUUGCAAUAUUCGCUUUAUCACAGUGGUCUGGAACUGAGCCCAUAAUAUCUUCAAUGUAUGCCUGCACUGGAAUGCAAACAGAUCAAAUACAAAGGCUGACAUAUCAGGCACUCAGAAAUGCACAUGCUCUUUUUUUUUUUUUUUACUUAUUACAAACUUUAAUUAAAGCCUAUUCUCUAAUCUGACAUUUAAGUGAAAUAGUAGAUAUAAAAAAUGUCUUUACGAUUAAGUGUUCUCCCCAAAAUCUCUUUUGUGACUGAGGUUGUAAAAAACUCUCAAACUAUAAUUUUGCUCCCUGCCAUUCAUCAUGAUGGUGCUUUUAGUGCUCUCUGGAUUUCUAGUCUGUGUAUAGAUGCCUAUGUAGGAAUAAAGGACAUCAAACUUGGAGUACUUAAUUGCAGUUAAUCCCAUAGGACCCAAUCAUUGCACAAAACAUGUGGAAUCAGCUAAUGUCGAAUUUGCUUAUUACUGAAGAUAGUCAAUGUGGAACAGAGCUUGCUUGAGUGGAUGAUAUUGAUAAUUUUGGACAUGUGCUAAAUAUCGUACAUAGAUCUUCUCAUUUAAUUUUCAGAAUAACCCUAUGCAGUAGCUACUCUGAUGAUCCUUUUUUUUUUUUUGCGGUACGCGGGCCUCUCACUGCCGUGGCCUCUCCCGCCGCGGAGCACAGGCUGCGGACGCGCACGCCCAGCAGCCAUGACUCACGGGCCCAGCCGCUCCUCGGCAUGUGGGAUCCUCCUGGACCGGGGCACGAACCCGCGUCCCCUGCAUCAGCAGGCGGACUCUCAACCACUGUGCCACCAGGGAAGACCCCCCCCCCUUUUUUUUUUUAACAUCUUUAUUGGAGUAUAAUUGCUUUACAACGGUGUGUUAGUUUCUGCUUUACAACAAAGUGAAUCAGCUAUACAUAUGUAUAUAUCCCCAUAUCCCCUCCCUCUUGCAUCUCCCCCCCUCCCAUCCUCCCUAUCCCACCCCUCUAGGUGGUCACAAAGCAGCGGGUUGAUCUCCCUGUGCUAUGCGGCUGCUUCCCACUAGCUACCUAUUUUACAUUUGGUAGUAUAUAUAAGUCCAUGCCAUUCUCGCACUUCUUCCCAGCUUACCCUUCCCCCUCCCCGUGUCCUCAAGUCCAUUCUCUAUGUCUGCGUCUUUAUUCCUGUCCUGUCCCUAGGUUCUUCAGAACCAUUUUUUUUUUCAAGAUUCCAUAUAUAUGUGUUAGCAUACGGUAUUUGUUUUUCUCUUUCUGACUUACUUCACUCUGUAUGACAGUCUCUAGGUCCAUCCACCUCACUACAAAUGACUCAGUUUCAUUUCUUUUUAUGGCUGAGUAAUAUUCCAUUGUAUAUAUGUGUCACAUCUUCUUUAUCCAUUCAUCUGUUGAUGGACACUUAGGUUGCUUCCAUGUCCUGGCUAUUUUAUUGUAAACAGAGCUGCAAUGAGCAUUGUGGUACAUGACUCUUUUUGAAUUAUGGUUUUCUCAGGGUAUAUGCCCAGUAGUGGGAUUGCUGGGUCAUAUGGUAGUUUUAGUUUUAGUUUUUUAAGUAACCUCCAUACUGUUCUCCAUAGUGCAUCAAUUUACAUUCCCACCAACAUGCACAUGCUCUUUGAUCUUGCCAUUACUCAGACUCUCAAUGAUAUAUCCCAAUCCUUCCUUCACAGCAUGGUGCCAGGAAUAACUUUUGCCCCUUUCUUCCACCUUUCUUUCCAGUAAGAACUUUCCCUUCAACUCUUGGCUUUGAGUACACCUGCUCCUUCCUCUCUCUUGUUCUCCAACAACUCCUGCCUGUCCACAUGCACUCACGCUGGGUGUGAGUGCAUAUCUCAUUUCAGGGUUCCAGCCAAGAAUUGGGGGUGUUGACUCAAAAGACAGGAAUUCACUAAAGAAGAUAGGUGAGAGUGGGAGGAGAGCCCCUCAGACGGGAAGAGAAAAAGGGAUGCAGCCCAUAGCAAGGUGACACAGUGUGAGUGAAGGGGGAAAUGUAUAAUCAGGGUCAUCUCUUUGUUUAUCUUAUCUCUUUCUUC